AGCAUUUUGCGGUUUUAGUUCCGUGCGAUUGAGGGCCACCCUUUGCUAAAAGCAUGGCUGUUGGGCUAGCUCGGCUUAUGCUGACUAUCUCACUUGCUUUAAGCGCCAGAGCUGGCGAAGAUCCAAACUGCCUGAUCCAGGUUCAACAUGAGCAAAAGAGUAGCAGCCCACACGAGUAUUACAACAAGAUGACGCCAGCUGCUCUGGAGAUAUUCCGCGAACUCUUGAAUCCAGGCAUGGCAGGGGCAGAUCCCAGCUACCCUUGUGGUGGGCCGAUUGCCGAUCAAAAGAUGUACUUUGCUGGCCCAGGUCGAUGUAGCAUCGCCAGUGCUAACAUGAUCUACAUGAUGCCAAACGGGACGCUGACCAGGAAAUCCAAAGGCGAGCAAAUCUUGAUGAGCUGUGAUGAUGUGAUGUGCCCAGUCCCAGUGAUUGCCGAUUGCUACAUGUCGCCCGAGAUUUGCGCUGAGGACGAGUGGUGCUGGAUCAGACAGCAUGAGAAGUGGGGCGCUUGGGCUAUGGGACCUCUGAUGAAUGGCACCUUUGGGCACACACCAGACACUGAAUACUGUGACCAGUUCAUGAAAUCCUACGCCAGGGCUUUGGCCCGUGCCCAGCAAGCAAACAACAUUCGUCGAGAGGAAGAACUCAAUAAAUCUCGGGAUAUCCUUUGUCCCAGCAGUUCGCAAGUCUUUGGGGACAAUGCGUGGAGGCCCAUCAGAGGCCAGUGUGUGCCAUAUCGGAAGGAGCAGCAGAGCUGCUUUCAGCAGCAAGAUUUGGCUCCUACAUUCACAGGAAACAUGAUGCCACGUUACAAGUACGAUGACCAGGGGUUUCCAAUGGAGCGACCAUUGGCUUGUGCUCCCAAUCUUGCUUGCACAGGACCCAAGUUCAACGUCCUGCCCAGCACCUGUGUGCAGAAGCGACCGCAGGACAUUUGCUACUACGGGCCUUGGUGGGACUCAAGUGAUUGUCCUCGUAAAAAGAUGAAGGACCAGAGUCAAGGGCCCGGACUGACCUAUAACGUCACUGUGGAUGCACUGAUCAGUGCGGCCAUGCUGUUCCCAGGUGAGAUUGCCUGGAUGGGCACAUGUACUUACUGGGACCGGACCAAAGCACUUGGGCAAGCUGCGCUGCGUGUGCGCAAGCAGGUUUACAAGAUUGCUGCGACACUUUGGCCAAUGCAUGUGCUCAAGCAGCCAAUUCCCACUUUUGAAGAGUUGAGCAAGCUGCUCCCAGAUCCCUUCGAGUACUUGAUCUCGCAAGGCUACACACCUGAACAGGCUUCCAUCCAAUGCGUCAAGGAAUCUAACAAACAGAGGUCCGAGGUUGCAAUUCUCUUGGGAAAGGCAGGUGUUCUGUCCGCCCAGCCCAACAAGGUUUGGAGUGUGGUGCACUUUUUCACCUUCAACCUAGAUGAGAAGAACGGUGAGAGCAAAGGCUUGGCUUCACAGGCCUUGGCCUCUUUGUUGGCCCAAAACUUCUGGUGCAACGACUGCCGAAGCUUCUUCGAGGUUGGCGUCAUUGAACAGUUUGGGCUUCCCAAGAUGGGCAAGUGGGAGAUUGCACAGUGGUGGCACCAUGCUCACAAUGUGGCUUCUGAGCAUGUGGCAACUACACGUGCCGGGCAUCCUUGGAUCCACCAGCUGGACUCUUUGAAGGAAUAUCAGAACCCCUUCUACAUGUCUUGGGAGGAUGCGUAUCAGAUGUGGCAUGUCCCGACAAGUGACACCACUGAUGAUUGAGGAAAAUCCAGUCCGUCCUGUGCAGGGUGUUUGUUUGAUUCUACUUUAAACUUUUGAGUAUAGGAGGCCCUUGUAGCGGGCGCUCUGUGACUGUCAUGUGUGUUUGCUCUAGACAAAAGAUUUAAAGCAGCACACAGUUUUGUCUAUCCAGGCAGGAUGCCAGCAAAACAAAGCUUGAAAUCGACGCAUGUGUGACAAGCGACGGGUUGAAACUGUUAAAACUUGUUGCAAGACAUCGCAAUGUCAGGCAAUUUCGUGGCUGUUGUAGUAUUUUUCUGCUCCCGGCCUUGGUUUAAGGCAUCUCGGAUCUCA